CAAGGCUUGUACAUAAGACAGUGACUCCCCUCCUCAGGGGUAAAGUGGUGAGUACCUGAGAGGAGUCGCUUCAGCACCAAAAACAUGAGAGUCUUCGUAGCAUUAGCGUGCUUGCUGGCAAACUGCCUGGCCCAGAAGCCUCAGCCGUGUGACUGGCCGCCUAAGAUGACCGGGGAGGCCACGAUGGACUUUACAAAUGAUGACACCGGGGUCGACAUCAGAUUCGUGUACGAUGCAGUGGGACAGCGGAUGAGGUUCUUUCAGAAUGCGACUCGGGAUAAUGAGACUAUCAAUACUGAUUCUCUUCUUCUCUUCAAAGAGGAAGUCGCGUACAACAUCAAUGACCAGAACCGUACCUGCACCAAAUUCCCUUUAAAGGUAGACUUCAUCCCUCUGGGCGUCCCAAAAAACGCCUCUCUGCUGGGCCAGGUCAUCCUCGGCAGCUCAUCUGGACCUGGUGAAGGACUCAUGGUCAACACGUGGUCGGUAAAUCUGCCUGAUGGAGGAGAUAUUAUAAGCACAGUGACUGCAGUCGGAUGCAUUCCUGUCAGCCUUGUGCAAAAGGUCAAAAUCGAUGAACAAGUCAUGGGAUGGAUGGUGCAGAGCUUCUUCAACAAUGUCAUCGGGAUUCCAGACCCUAGUCUGCUCAGUCCCCCGUCCUUCUGCAAGGAUGCAAAAGUGAUGAGCAACAAGGAGCCGGUGGACUUCUUUAGUCUGUUCCUCCACAAGAAGUAAGAGCCUCCAUCAGCCAACAUGUCCAACCAUCAAGAAGAUUUUUAAUGAAUCAAAUUUAGACAUUGAAUGGUAUUCAAUGAUUCCAGUCCUGCAGGUUUUAAUUGUAAUCAAAGACUCCAGAAAUGCUAUUGUAACUGUCUACUUGAUGUAUUUUAUCAUGCCAAAAUGACUUCAGCUUUCUUUUCUGUAUAAACAGUUGCAGGUUUGCUCAAUGCAAAAUGUGCUUCAUUGGUUUUUAUCCCCUGUAAAGCAUACCUUUACGGUGGGCCUGAAGGUUUAACUACAAUUAAAAAAAAGUUUAACUGAAUAAAACAAAAUGAAAAAACUCAUCAUGAAAAGUAAAAUAAAUAAAUAAAUAAAAAGAAAAGGUUCGUGAAAUACAAAAAUGUGUUGACCCAUAGAGGGUGUUGAGGCUUUUGGCAGCUAUUUUGGUCAUGUUUUGUCUUCUAUUUGAUUAUUUUGACUGUGUUAAAGGUCACACAUUUUACCCUUUUAAGACAAGUUUAUACUGGUCUCAGAGGUCCCCAAAACAUGCCUGUG